AUGGAGUCAGAACGUUUAUCAUACAUAACUGAGCCUGAUUUACCUACUGGUCUCGAACAAAAAAAUGUUAUUAUUCAACGAGAUCGAUUUGGAUAUGGUUUAACAGUAUCUGGUGAUAAUCCUGUCUAUGUAUUAAGUGUACGUGAAGGUGGUGCUGCACAUAAAGCUGGAAUUAAUGUAAAUGAUCAAAUUAUAAAGGUACGUUAUUUCAUUCUAUGA